AUGGAGAUCUCAGCCGCCACGGCCACCGCCGGCUCUUCCCCGCCAGCCAAGCCGGUGCUCCUCCGCCCCCACGCCACCUCUUCCGCUACCACCACCAUCAGCCGCCGCGCCUCCGCCUCCGCCUCGGCCACCGUCCGCCGCCGCCGCGCGCGCACCCGCCGUUCCAACACCAUCUCCGGCGCGGGCGGCGAUGACGGGGAGGGCCCUUUCGGACCCGGCAGUGGCGGGAGCGGCGGCGGUGGCGGCGGGUGGAACCAUGGUUUCGGGUCCGGAUCUGGUCAAGGCUGGGACUCAUCAGAGCCUGACGUCCCCGCGCCCCGCCGAUCGGCGGCGGAGGUGGCGCUCGGCGUGAUCUACGAGCUCAUGUGCCUCAUCGCGCUCUCCAACUGCACCCAGUUUGCCGUGAGGAGGCUCGCGGGGCUUCUCGCCGCUCGCGUCGCGGCGCUGCGCUUCGUCCCCAGAGUCUGCUGA